AUGGCAGACUGAGAGAUGGUGUGCCCGUGCCAUUCCUUCUCAACCUCGAUCCGGAGGGUGGUUAUGAAAAAACUAAGCAGGAUCGUGAAAAGCUGCCGAAUAUCAUCUUGAAAUGGGAGGCAAGCUAGGCAAGCUCUGUACGCCCCAUGUCCAGUCUGUGGGCUCCGUGCUGGACCGAGUCAUCUCACAGCCCAGCAGCGAGGCCCACACAGUUCUGUACAAACUCGCGGACUUCCAUAAGGGAGGUCUACUGCUAGAGACGUACGCUAAAGGAGGUAUGGUGGCGGCAGAGAAGCUGAUCCGUGAGGAGUUCGCAGCCUACAUGUACGCCGGGGGGCGCGGGCGAGUCAUCAACCGCGCGGAGUACUUGCGGUGGAAGUUCCGAGAUCAGGAACAGGUGGUUCUGCCGAUCGAAGCGUCGUUGUCUCCACAUGAUCCCCUGGCAAAGUGGGAAGACCACAUGUCUUGCUGGCAGAUGAGCUAUCGCGGCGCGCUGGGCGAGUCGCUGCUGCAUGUCCUUAUCAUUUGCGAUACGAAGAUUCACACCAGACUCGCCAGAACCCUUCUCAAAUGUUUUCCAAAGCUGUCUAUGGAUGUCGUGGAAGGCGAGGAGUAUUUAGGAGCCAGUUCUUUGCAUUUGGCAAUAGCAUACAGCAACAACGAACUGGUACAGGAUCUAGUGGACUGCGGUUGUGACGUGAACCAGCGAGCGAUUGGCAGUUUCUUCCUGCCUCGCGACCAGCAGAAGGUCCCUCCAGACCGACAGACCAACUACGAAGGCCUGGCGUAUUUGGGAGAGUACCCCCUGGCGUGGGCGGCGUGCUGCGCUAAUGAAUCCGUCUACAACCUGCUGUUGGAGUCCGGUGCGGAUCCGGAUAUGCAGGACUCGUUUGGCAACAUGAUACUGCAUAUGGUCGUCGUUUGUGACAAACUGGACAUGUUUGGCUACGCGCUCCGUCACCCGAAGGUGCCAGCCAGCAACGGGCGCAUGAACCGUGCCGGCUUCACCCCCCUCACUCUGGCCUGCCAGCUGGGUCGAGACUCCGUGUUCAGAGAGAUGCUCGAGCUGUCCUGUCGGGAGUUUUGGCGGUAUUCUAACAUCACGUGCUCUGCGUAUCCGCUUAAUGCUUUGGACACGCUUUUACCUGAUGGGCGAACAAAUUGGAACUCAGCGCUUUUCAUAAUCCUUAACGGAACAAAACAGGAGCAUUUGAACAUGCUGGACGGAGGGAUCAUCCAAAGGCUAUUAGAAGAAAAGUGGAAAACUUUCGCAAGAAACAAAUUCCUCAAACGCCUGCUAAUUCUGUUGGUACAUCUCAUACUGCUCUCUGUGUCUGUGUACCUCCGACACAGCGCUGCAGAGGCAGAGGCUAACCCUGAGUGGAGACUUGAGAUAACAGACGCUCGAGGUGGCAUCAGACUGGCGUGCGAGCUAGGCACCAUCGCCAGCACGCUAUGUUACAUUAUUCUUCAACAAGGCGACGAACUCAAAAACCAGGGCGUCGUCGCUUACAUCAAACAGUUGAUACACGAACCAGCAAAAUUCAUCUUCCUAGUAUCGAACCUGCUCCUCUUGGUGUGUAUACCGGCGAGAUUGAUGCGACUGCCGAUGCUAGAGGAGGCGUUGCUCAUCUUUCUGCUGCCUGGCUCUUGGUUUCUGCUCAUGUUCUUUGCUGGGGCAGUUCGACUGACGGGUCCGUUCGUGACGAUGAUCUACAGCAUGAUAACUGGCGACAUGUUCACCUUCGGCAUCAUCUACUGCAUCGUGCUCUUCGGCUUUUCACAGUCUUUCUACUUCCUCUACAAAGGGUUCCCCAAUGUUUCAUCCACUUUAUAUGCAAGUUACCCGACCACAUGGAUGGCUUUGUUUCAAAUCACACUGGGAGAUUAUAGUUACUCAGAUCUGGGCAUGACUUCGUACCCAAACCUGACCAAGUCCGUGUUCACUCUAUUCAUGAUCUUCGUGCCGAUUCUACUCCUCAACAUGUUGAUCGCCAUGAUGGGGAACACUUAUGCGCAUGUCAUCGAGCAGUCGGAGAAGGAAUGGGUUAAACAGUGGGCAAAAAUCGUCGUCUCUCUGGAACGUUCCGUGGCGCAAGAGGAUGCACACAGAUACCUGCAAGAGUACUCCAUCGGCCUAGGCCCCUCGGACGACCCGCGGUACGAGCAGCGCGGAGUCAUGGUCAUUAAGAGUAAGGACAAGACGAGAGCCAAGCAGCGGAAAGGCGCACUUGCCAAUUGGAAGCGCGUUGGUAGGGUGACGAUAGCAGAGCUGCGAAGACGAGGAAUCACGGGAGAAGACCUUCGGAGGCUGAUGUGGGGUCGAGUGUCUAUUUCCACGCCCACUAAAGCACCUCUUGGAAGGCGCCCACAAGCCCCUCCACCGGACUGUGUAGCGGCCGCAGAAGUCAGCCAAAUCGGUCUCUCGGGAGGGGAUGCUCUCAACGGAGUUGGGACCGCGCUGUCUUCCGCUCUAGAUGUCAUGGCUUUCACGCAGGACCUGGAUCUUGGUUCCACUGGCACAGACCAAAUUAAACAACCAACGCCAGACCUUCUAGUAAACGGAAAAACCAUCACAAAACCAGGCCAAACCACAGUCAGUCAACCUGGACAAAUGCCACCAGGCCAACCAGGGCUUGCAGUUCCAAAAACUGCAGGCAUGCCCGCGCCUGUAUCUGGAACAGGGCUACAAGUGCCUUCUGUGGUUAUUCCGACAGUUCCAAGUGUUCCAGGAGCUUUGCCAGCUGCUAUGGCUGGGCAAGGAGUUCAAAGCUCUCUGCAAGGUAUACCUGUGCAAGGUGUUCCUACGCAAGGUAUACCUGUGCAAGGCAUACCUGGACAGGGUAUGCCAGGACCAGUUGCUGGACAGAUUACUAUGACGCAGGAUAUGUUAAGAAUUGGAGUACCGCAGCCACCUGCGCCAGUAGAAUCGUUCCGCGACUUCUUCUUCGAGCUGGUGCUGCUGGCGGACUCGCGGAGCCCUGACCAGGUCCAGCUCCGGAACCUCGCGGAGCAGGCGGCCGACCUGAAGGGUGUUCCGGAAAUCGAUAUCAACAUGAGCACAACAGCGAGAUCAGCUCGCAAGGUGGUAGCUGGGGCGGUGUCGGGCCUGUUCGGCGUGGCGGCCGACGCGCCGGCCGCAGACGCCGGCUGGCGACGCGAGCGGCACGAGCAGAGCGACAGUGAUCCGCCAUCAGAAUCCGUACUGCUGGGGCGAGCGUCGAGGGCGCGACGAGCGCGUUCCGCGUCGAAACGUGCUGAACCACCCCCGCCGCACCUCUACGUGCCAGCCAGGUCUAUGUAUUUCGUUGCAUCGGAGAGUAGCGCUUUGGAAAGCGACGCACCCUUAGAAGACCAGCCCAGUUCAGGCAAUAAUUCAGCGCUUGGAGGUCGUCGGGACGACGCGGCGCGCAUACGGGCGGCACGCCCCCUCUGCAUACUGCAGGCAACCGGGAAAAACCCUGUGGAACAUUCCGUUUAUGUCGUAGGUUCCGGUGAGGGAGCGGAAGUGGAAGCUACACCUGUUCAGAACAAACCAAAGCACGAGAGAAGAGUCAGGCCGAAAACAGCACGCACCCGUCGAAAUAGAGUAUCUCCAGUCCCCGAAGCCGGCAGCCCGCUGGAGCCCUGGGCGACGGCGCCGCUGUCGCGCCUCUCUCGACUGAUCCGCUCGAGCAGCGCCUCGACGGCCUCCUUGACCGAUACGGAAUCGCCCAGAUAUUGAGUACCCGCCAGUGUUCAAUAGUGUCGUAGUGUGUAGAGAUGAAUUAUAGACGAGUGUAGAUUUUUGUCAGAUUAUAAAAUCGCCUAGAAUCGGACCAAGCUAACUCUGCACAUAUUUUACAGUGUGCCAUCAUAUCAGCCAGAUUGCUGUAAAAAUAUGACAUUUAUAAACAUCCCACACGUUAUUCCUUCAGUCUGUCUGUACGUAUAUAGUUAGCUGUCGGACUCUACCUAUUUUCAACUUAAUACCGUUACAAAAUCGAAAAUAUCAAGAAAGGAUGAAAAGUUGUUCCAGAGAAUAAGGAAAGCAAAUUUUCUACCAAGUAAAGUGAAAACAACGAAUUGAUUGUAAACAUGUUUAGACGAGUGAAAAGAAGACUAGUCACCUAUCAAUAUCACCUAUAUUUCGUCAUUGCGUAUGUAAAGUCUCUUGAUAUCUUCUAUUACCUACUCAUCGUUAAAGAUACCACUUUCACAUAUUCUAUUCCUGCCGUUAUUGGAAUAGGUAAGGUAUUGUUGUAGAUUUCUGUUAGUUUGGUUAGAUGUGUUUUAGUAGGUGCCUAUUUAUAAGCAACCAAAGUAAUUAGUGUAGGUAUCCCAAGAUUGUCUGAUCUCUGGUAGAAUGCAGGCCUUACUCUAAUCUGGCCAAUUGUUAUAAUGUAGUGAUUAGUAAUGUAUGCUUAAAUCUAUGAUAUUAAGAGUUUCAGUAAGUUAUUAAUAAAUACAUUUUAUCUGGACCAUUCUAUCGAAAUAAAACAAUCAUUAUUAUUCAUAAUAUUUUAUUCCCCGGACUGCACUGUUAAAAUGUCAAUUGAUAAUGCAAUAGAAUGGGCAGCAUAGUAUGUAAAUAAUGUACGCGAAUCAAGAUCAUAUACAUACAUUAGAUCAUAAAUAAAAUAUAAAAAACUAGAGAUGCCACGAAUAUUCGGCAACUAUUCGGUAUUCGGCCACUUUGCCGAAUAGUAGGCAACAUUCGGCCGAAUACCGAAUAUCUGUUGGACCUACCUAAAAUGAAAAAUUACACUUACACAUAACCAAAAACUAGGUAUAUUUAAUAUUUAAUAGUAGAUUGUACAACAAGGGCAUAAAGUGACCCAUUUUUACCCGAGGCAAUUUUUUGGUCUGAGCGAAGCGAAGACCAAAAUAGUAGACGAGGGUAAAAGUGGACAUUUAUGCCCUUGUUGUACACUCUGCUUUUCACUUCGAUUGCGAGGAAAAUAAAAUUAUAUUUUUCACGGCAAUUUACACCACGAAAUUGUCGUAAAGCGAAAGAACAUAAAAAAUAACCAAGUCCCGCCAACUAACUUUUUAAUUUUUUUUUUAAUUUUCAACAUGUGAUCAGAGUUUCAGACGCUUGGUUUUCUGCCAAGUCAAACAUUUCGGAGCAUUUUUGAACGAUAAUCGACUCCUAUAGUUGGUCAAGCAGAUCUUGUCAGUAGAAAAAGGCGGCAAAUUUGAAAAAUGUAGGCGCGAAAGGAUAUCGUCUCAUAGAAAAUUUGAAUUUCGCGCCUUUUCCUACUGACAAGUUUUGCUUGAUCAUCUAUAUUUUAUGUGAUUUACUAAAUUUAAUGAUAGAAAAUACGGAUUUCUAAUAAAUUGUAGCAAAAAUAAAAUAAUAUAACAAGUUUCGUCAUCUACACAAUUUUAUUGCUCAGUAAAAUUGUGCAAUAUGUUUUAACUGUUUGGCUGUUGAGACCGAUUACCUUAGUCUUAGAAGAAAAUUUUACUUUUAUGUUCUAGAGCAUAAAAUGCGAUUUUAUGUCGUCUACGCACGACAUAAAGGUGCACUUUUUGAGCAUGAGAAGUGAAAAAUGUAUUAUUGGAAAGUUGUUAAAUACGGAAACUCUUUUUUGAGCAUUUGGUGAUUACAAUAUAUAUAUUUUAUCUUUAUUAUGGGUCUGAUUUGAUUGACUCUAACUACAUUUAUUAAUUCUGUUCAACAUAAAAUACCUAUAUCUUAGCAAACGUUGUGCUUUGUUGGCGAACAGUUUUCAUAAUAAUUGUGACUCAAAAUAUUCGCAUGUCGAAUAUUCGGUCGUCGAAUAUUCGGCGCUUCGGCAGAGGGGCCGUAUAUUGGGUAUUCGGCUAAAACCACUAUUCGGGGCAUCUCUAUAAAAAAAAAAACAAAUAUCUGCAUAUGUGGUCACUCAGAUAAGUUACCAAAUGGUAUACUUUCCUGAAUUGUCAUUUGGUAACUAAAUAUUUAUAUUAAAUCAAUUUGAAUGAGAUCUUAAUAUGUUUUCUUCAGAACAAGACAUGUCUUUUAGAAUCAUGGUGUAGGUACCUACACAUGUUGUUAGAAGUACUACAUAGUAAAUCAAUCUAAGUAGAGUCUGUGCGGAAAGAGAAGAGUCGUAGAAUGUAUGGGCUCCCUUAGACUCCAUGACUCUUCUCUUUCCGCAGACUCUAGAGACUUAGGCAUGGUAACCACUCAAAUGCCACUCAAGACCAAUUAGACCAGUGACAGAAGGUGACAUGGCCACCACUCCUGUCACUAGCUGUGUCGCAUUCUCAGUUCGAAUUGGAUUGAAUCCUCAAGGAUUGUUUGACUAGGUAAGAGCCUUUUCCAUGUCAAAGAAUAGAACUUUACUACCACGAAUAUUUACUUUCUUGAGGCACUUUUUAAUCUUAUUAGGCUAUUUAAACUGAAAGCGUUAUGAAAUCUUUGAAGAUUCAGCCAGGAAUCAAUAUGGAAUCAUUUAUUAAAGAAAAUGUCUAAUAAAAUUUAGUUUUAUUAAUUUUCAUUAGUUCAUUUCCUAAAUAAAUGAUUAGUUUUGUCAUUAAUAAAUGCAGUGGUAACAAUCUUCAAGUUCAUUUAAAUGUAUCUCUUGAUUGCGUAGCUGUAGAAUUGCGAAAUCUGAUUUUGAUUUGGUCUUAUAAUAUCAUCAUUGCCCAAAUCGGUGUUUAUUUGAAAUCGUUACCACGACAUCCAAGUUGUUCAUCAAAAGGUUUCACGUGUACUCGAAAGUAGUAUGUACUAUUUGGUUGCGAAAAAGUCUGUUAAAUGUUCCAGCCCUAAUAUAUAUAAUUUACAAGAAAAUUUUGAAUGGGUAGCACCAAUGGCAGCAAGGAUAAAAGAUUCUUAAAUUUGAUGACUAUCAAAAGACGUUGAUUUUUUCAGUGAUAAUUAAAUACUUUCAAGCAACCAACGGUGUGUUUUCAUAAGACUUACCCAUAGCGGAGUUAUAGUCAUCAUUAUCGCUCGUGUAUCAUAUCACAGAUUCGCGUAGGAUCAUCAGCGAGAUACGAUUAUUAUGCAUUUGGAGUAAAUAAGGAGUGGCCAGCAUCUCCCAACCUUCAACACGACAACAAGACAAUGAUGCAUCAAGGGAUGAAAUGCGAAGACAUUUUAAAAUAACAGAUCAUAUCAAAAUACACAGGCAUAACUAGUGAUGGUUAAGACUCGAGUCCUUUGACUCCUCUGCUUUCAGACUCGACUCAGUUUUUGAGACUCUAAUGUCUAAACUAGAGAAAGGGACUUUUCAACUUGUUAGAGUCCUGAGACUUUUGACAGAGACAACUGUAAUUUUUUUACAACUUAUUAUAAAAUGCAUUGCCUUCAUGUAAAAUUCAUGGGUUAUGGUUAUUAUAAGGUACACAAAUCAUGCAAUAACGCCUAUUUUUGUACGGUUAUUUAGAUAAAACCUAAUACAUUGUUCAUGAAGUCUUUAUUCGGAGGCUCGAGUCCUUUUGAGUGGCGUUUAAUAGACUCAAUAAAGGACUAGACUUGGCGCUCAAAAGACUCAAAAGUUUUAUAAGCGCUGAGUCUCGUAAAAACGAGUCGAGGUAUUUAAAUUUAGAAUCAAAAGACUCUAGUUCUUACCAACACUAGGCAUAACACAAAGAGAUAUACAAAAAAUAGCAACUAGGAUGGUAUGUGAGCCAGUCGUCGACUUGUUGGUCAUGGACACCCACAGGUACCAACGGCCGGUCUAUUAUUUUUGGCUCUGUGUGCGACUUCGUCGUUCGAACCACUGUGAAAUGGAAAGAGGCAAAUAUCAACAAGCCAUAGAUAAAAUAAAGACCACAUCGUAUCGUACACAGCGUAAAUAAUAAGUGGCAUGGACAUAUAAAAUUAACCGAGCAUAAGAUGUAUCGGCCCUAAACAACACGUCAGUUCAUAUAAAUGCACACAAAUAUCAUCAAAAUAGAAUCGAUAAUCGGAACACACGUCAGAACAUAUCGAAUAGUGCAGAUUUGGA